ACUUUCCUUCCGUAACAAUAGCAGUUAUACGACAAUCACGCAUUUUAAAAAUACCAUAUAACACGGAGUUGAUUAGCGAAAUGAUGAUGCACCACAGUUUGAGAUAUUUGUCGAAUUUAGCCAGCUACUGUGGCUAUUUCGCAAUCAAUGGGUGCCAAGUUGUAUGUAAAGUGACAACGAACCAGUUGCAGACACUCUGUCGUCAUGAAGGGAUUGUGUGCUUGGAUCUGGGGGUCAACAGGAAACAAAUGCACAACUUCGAAGUGGAGUACCUGUGUGACUACAAGAGGACAUUUGUUCCUGGUAGGAAGACAGCCAAUGCCACAGGAGUACCAAAGUUCUUAACUGAUGUGGUGCUGGUCACUGAAAGCAUCCAUCUGUACUUGAGAGAGAGAGAACUGCUCCCCUGCUCCAACCUCCAACCUGUAUGUGAGCGAGAGUUCUACUUGGUUAAAUGGAAGGGUUACCCAGAUCACAUGAACACCUGGGAGCCGAGGAAAAACCUGCGGUGUGUGGAGCUUCUACGUCAGUUCUGGGACGAUGUCUUCCUGGAGCUGCAGAGACAGAAAAAGACUGUAGUCCCCAACCGGUUUGAAACAGAGAUGUCCUCUUACCUGGAGCAGAGGGCCAGGCAUAGGCAGAGCCUGCAGAGGUGGGAGACCCAGAUCAACAGUGUUGGAGGCCUCACCAAACGCAUCCUGGUCCGCAACCGUGUGGACCUGGAGGGCCCUCCGAAUAACUUCACCUACAUCAACAACUACAAGGUGGGUGAGGGCAUUUCGAUGACGACGAUGGCAGUGGGGUGUGAGUGCACCAACUGUUUGGAGAACCCUGUGGGUGGUUGCUGCCCAGGAGUAUCGGGACAUGGCUUUGCCUACAACGAGUGUGGGCAGGUGAAGGUUAAGCCUGGGGAGCCCAUCUAUGAGUGCAACAAUAUGUGUCGCUGUGGACCAAACUGCCCCAACAGAGUGGUACAGAGAGGGAUCCAGCAUACCCUCUGCAUCUUCAAAACAGACAACGGGCGGGGGUGGGGAGUACGGACCUCUGAGCGUAUCCGAAGGCAUUCCUUUGUCAUGGAGUAUGUUGGAGAGAUCAUCACUACAGAGGAGGCAGAGAGGCGGGGUCAGGUCUAUGACAGACAGGGAGCAACGUACCUGUUUGACCUGGACUAUGUGGAGGAUGAGUACACCAUUGAUGCUGCUCACUAUGGAAAUGUAUCCCACUUCGUCAACCACAGUUGCAACCCUAACCUGCAGGUGUAUAACGUAUUCAUAGACAACCUGGAUGAGCGACUGCCACGUCUGGCUUUCUUCUCAAACCGUGGUAUCGGCGCUGGGGAAGAGCUCACCUUCGACUACAAUAUGCAGAUUGAUCCAAUAGAUGUGGAGAGUACAAAGAUGGACUCCAAUUUCAGCAUGACUAUUUCACCCAAAAAGGCUUCUCUCGUGACUGGAUCACCCAAGAAGGUUCACAUGACUGGAUCACCCAAGAAGGUUCCUCUCAUGACUGGAUCACCCAAAAAGGAUCCUCUCAUGACUGGAUCACCCAAAAAGGAUCCUCUCAUGACUGGAUCACCCAAAAAGGAUCCUCUCAUGACUGGAUCACCCAAAAAGGAUCCUCUCAUGACUGGAUCACCCAAAAAGGAUCCUCUCAUGAUUGGAUCACCCAGAAAGGAUCCUCUCAUGAUUGGAUCACCCAGAAAGGAUCCUCUCAUGAUUGGAUCACCCAGAAAGGAUCCUCUCAUGAUUGGAUCACCCAAAAAGCGAGCGCGCAUGGAGUGCAAGUGUGGGACAGACAAUUGCAGGGGGUACUUGUUUUAGGGUUGCAGCAAGGACAAAUUUAUACAUUUGACUUUUCCAGGAUUGUCAUCAUGACAAUUCAACUUUAUUUCUGGCAUUUUAAAUGUAUACUAUGAUGUCUGUGAAUAUUUUGCCCUAUUUGAUCAUAAACUAUUCAUUAGUGUUUGGGGCAUCUUUUAUUUGUUUCUUACAUGUAUACUAAAACCAAAUAACUUUUUUUAUUUUUUUUAAACAACACUCAAAUCCAAUUUGUUGGCUAUCCGAUCUCAUUGAAUCUACACUACCUUUCAAAAGUUUGGGGUCACUUAGAAAUGUUCUUGUUUUUGAAAGAAAAACACUUUUUGUCCAUUAAAUAACAUCAAAUUGAUCCGAAAUA